GAAAACUCUGCGGGAGAUGGGCUAGAGGACGAGGAGGAGGUGGAUGAAUCAGCCAUAUUAGAGAGCAUGGGAAGGUGAGCAGAGUUGAACACUUGAUAGAUCUGAUAAUUUACUGGCUCUGGGUUUGUCAGUCACUACAUUGCAGCAAAUGAGAUUAGAGCAUAGUUGUGGGAGGGAAGGAGGUGACGCAGCAAUCUAUUUGCACCUAGAAAUUUUAGGCAAGUGACAGCUGCGUAAUCAUACUGCGGCACCGUUUUUUUCUUGCAGCAGUAGCUGCUUGCGGAGGAGGUCUGCCCACUGCAGCUCUCUGCAGUCUCCGGCUCUCUCCUGCAGGAUCGGUCAACGCAGCCGUCGCCGCCCUCUGCACCCAGCCCAGGCCGCCACUGCUUCAGUCCGGUUCUCAAAGCCUCAGCACCAUCUUUUAUCCCCGAGCAACCUGGAUCGUCGUUCCCUCAGUCCGGACGCCACUGCUAGGUCCGACCACCGCCGCUUCUGAUAUUUCGGUGAGUCUUUUCCUGCGGAGGUUUGGUCUCCCGGUCUCUGUGGUAGCCACCUUAGGCGUGUACGGUCCUUUGAAAAAUGGCCGAGUCAGAGAACCACAAGGAGCUGUCAGAAUCCAGUCAAGAAGAGGCUGGUAAUCAGAUAAUGGUGGAAGGGCCCAGGGAACAUCUGGAGCGCGGUGAAGAUGCCGCUGCUGGGCUUGGAGACGAUGGGAAGUGCGGUGAAGAAGCCGCCGCUGGGCUCGGGGAAGAAGGGGAAAAAGGUGAAGAUACUGCUGCUGGGUCCGGGGAAGAUGGGAAAAAAGGUGGAGAUACUAAUGAGGACUCAGACGUAGACCGUCCAAAAGGACUUAUCGGUUAUGUUUUAGAUACAGACUUUGUUGAAAGUCUACCCGUGAAAGUUAAGUACCGUGUGUUAGCCCUUAAAAAGCUUCAAACUAGAGCGGCCAAUUUAGAAUCCAAAUUCCUGAGGGAAUUUCAUGACAUUGAAAGAAAAUUUGCUGAAAUGUACCAACCCUUGCUGGAAAAAAGACGUCAGAUCAUCAAUGCAAUCUAUGAACCUACAGAAGAGGAAUGUGAAUAUAAAUCAGACUGUGAGGACUAUGAUGAUGAGGAAAUGUGUGACGAAGAGAUGUAUGGUAAUGAGGAGGGUAUGGUACAUGAGUAUGUGGAUGAGGACGAUGGUUAUGAGGACUAUUAUUAUGAUUAUGCUGUUGAGGAGGAGGAGGAGGAGGAGGAGGAGGAGGAGGAGGACACUGAGGCUACUGGAGAAGAGAAUAAAGAAGAGGAGGAUCCUAAGGGAAUUCCUGAUUUUUGGCUGACUGUUUUAAAAAACGUUGAUACACUCACUCCUUUGAUUAAGAAAUAUGAUGAGCCUAUUCUGAAGCUCCUGACAGAUAUUAAAGUUAAGCUUUCAGAUCCUGGCGAGCCCCUCAGUUUCACAAUAGAAUUUCACUUCAAACCCAAUGAAUAUUUCAAAAAUGAGUUGUUGACAAAGACCUAUGUGCUGAAGUCAAAGCUAGCAUAUUAUGAUCCCCAUCCCUAUAGGGGAACUGCGAUUGAGUAUUCCACAGGCUGUGAGAUAGAUUGGAAUGAAGGAAAGAAUGUCACUUUGAAAACCAUCAAGAAGAAACAGAAACAUCGGAUCUGGGGAACAAUCCGAACUGUAACUGAAGAUUUUCCCAAGGAUUCAUUUUUCAAUUUUUUCUCUCCUCAUGGAAUCACGUCAAAUGGAAGGGAUGGAAAUGAUGAUUUUUUACUUGGUCACAAUUUACGUACUUACAUAAUUCCAAGAUCAGUAUUAUUUUUCUCAGGUGAUGCACUUGAAUCUCAGCAGGAGGGGGUAGUUAGAGAAGUUAAUGAUGCAAUUUAUGACAAAAUUAUUUAUGAUAAUUGGAUGGCUGCAAUUGAGGAAGUUAAAGCUUGUUGCAAAAACCUUGAGGCAUUAGUAGAAGACAUUGAUCGUUAGAGCAGAGUAUACAUGGCCCUGAAAUUAACUACCCUAGAUAUGGUUACUCAAGGUAUAAGAAGUCUUGUGUUCUGUAUUUUUCUUGUAGUGUCAGUUAAAACAUAUGUUUCAAAAAUAUAAGAAAAGUUCAAAAACUAAUUAAUUUGACCUUGCGUUUUAGUAGUAGAAUGUUUUCAAGAAAUGUACACUGUGGUAAAUGAUUUAAAACACUAGUAUAGUGUUGUGUAGCUUAAUCCUUCUGAAGUCUUUUUGUCAUGUAGCUAUCAAUCUGUGGCUAUGCAACUAUCAGAAAUUCUAAGUGAGAUCAAUAUUGGUUUGGAAAAAAAAUCUUGGGAUGCAACCCAAGGGUUUUUGCUGUUGUUGUUUUUCUUUUCCUAUUUUUGUUUACUUAGUCCUUUAGCUAGUGGAUUUAAUUUUGUUGUGCCUGCUUCAUUUUGCAAUAACAAUGCAGUAGAAUUUAAAACUUGGAUGCUUAAGAGGCCUGCAUAUAGAUAAGAAUUUCAGGCAAAACUACACGUAUUGUUAAUAACAGCUUGUUCAUAGGCUCUUGUAUUUUAUGUAACUGUGAUAAAUAAUGAAACUUAGUUAUAUUGAGGUUAUUAUUUAUCAGUGAAGUGUUAGUCAUAGUAUUUUCGAAAGUUUGCACAUAUUGUUCUGUGUAAUUGUGUAAGCCAUAAUUACAGUGUUUAAUUCUCUUUUCCUAUUAAAUCAUUCACUGAAAGUGAUCACUUUACCAUUUUGAAAAGAUAUUUCAUGUUCUUUCACUGCAAAAUAAAAUGAAUAAAAAUUUCA